AGCCAAACCCAAGAGUGGCGAGAGGUACUUGCUCACAGAUAUAUUUUUUUUGUCUCCAUCAUUUUCUCGAGAGCUUUCAGUUUCUGUGGUUCAUCUUUCUUCUUCUUAAUCUUUCCCCCCCUCUCUGUAACAUCCCGCUUCUCUGAAUCCCUUUCUGCUAAUCAUCUGUCUUUCAAGCUAAGAUUUUCUGGUUUGUCUUUUAAUUCACCAAAAAGCAAACUUAGAAGGAUUUUUCGAAAGCCAGGUGUUUUCAGAAACGAGAUCCAGGUUUUAUUGUCGAAUUUCGCUAGUCAUAUUAAUAUUUCAUCAUUUUUUUUUUCCUUUGAAACCAGCCAAGAGGGUUAUUUUUGAUCCCUCAAAGCUAAUUUCUCAUUUUCUUUUCCGGGACUGAAGAGGUUGUCUAUUUGAAAUCUCCUUCAUCCUUUCCUUUCUUGUUGAAAAGUUUUUGUUUUUGUUUUAAUUAACCAGCAGUUCUUCAGUUUUAGAAAGACGCAGGUUGAAUUAUCAUGGCAGCUAUGAUGGAUUUUUACAGCAGCAGCACAGAGUUUCAACUUCACUCAGAUCCAUUCAGGGGUGAACUAAUGGAAGUUCUUGAACCUUUUAUGAAAAGUCCUUUCUCAACCCCUUCUCCUUCAAAUUCUUGUUUUCUUUCUACCUCUUACUCUCCUUCCCCCAACAACUACUCUCCCUCCCUAUACUCAAACGGGUUAUCAUCCAUACCCAACACCACCCAAAACUUAAUUGGUUUCGGGCAAGGGCAGCCCACAUCUCUUGUGGGCCUGAACCACCUAACCCCAUCUCAGAUCUCUCAGAUCCAGGCCCAAAUCCAGAUCCAGAAUCACAGCAACACGCUGAGCUUCCUGGGGCCGAAGCCCAUCCCUAUGAAGCACGUGGGCAUGCCUCCGAAGCCCACGAAGCUAUACAGAGGGGUUCGACAGAGACACUGGGGGAAGUGGGUGGCUGAGAUUAGACUCCCGAAGAACCGGACCAGGCUAUGGCUGGGAACCUUCGACACCGCCGAGGAAGCCGCUCUGGCGUACGACAAGGCCGCGUACAAGCUCCGAGGUGACUUCGCCAGGCUCAACUUCCCCAACCUCCGACACCAGGGUUCCUCCGUCGGUGGUGACUUCGGGGAGUAUAAGCCUCUUCAUUCCGCCGUUGACGCCAAGCUUCAGGCCAUUUGCGAGGGCCUGGCUGAGCUGCAGAAACAGGGGAAGACCGAGAAGCCUCCGAGGAAAACGCGAUCCAAACUCGCUUCUCCGCCAGAGAACGACAACAACAACAACAACAACUCUUGUAAGGUCGAAGCUGCUUCCUCCUCUUCUGAAGGUUCUUCGCCGCUUUCGGUUCUGACUUUCGCUGACGUCAGCGAGCCGCAGUGGGAAGGUGAUUCGGAUAGUUUUAAUCUCCAGAAGUACCCCUCUUAUGAGAUCGACUGGGAUUCUCUCUGAAGCCGUGUUUUCUUAGUGUCCUAUGUUGUUAUGUAAGGGUAUUAAUCUUCAUUAUGUAUGGUCUAGUCUAGGUCUUAGUGUCUCUCAGGUGGCUGCUACUGCAAUGGAGUUUUUGGCAAUUGCAGAGCCAGUCUUAGUUAAUUACUAGUAUUCUGUGUAUAAUCUCUCUCUACCUUGGGUCAUAGCUGGUUUUUUUCUUGCUUGGCCAGGGAGAAUUAGUCCACUUAAUAUGUUUCUCAAGUGCAUCGCUGUAAUCUACUACUUUUAAUUAUAAAAAUAUGGAUUUAUUAUUGUACAA